AUGAAAACUGAACGUGCUAGUGAGAAAAAAGUAACUAAACCUAAGGCGAGGAAAGAGGCCGGCGGUACUCGAAUGGGCGAUAGGGUCAUUGAAAAGGCAGUGGAGGACGCUGUGAAGGAGCAACGUAUUGUUGAAGUGGGAGAUUUCCUGGAGGACUCUUUGACUAUGCGAUUGCUGAAUUCAGUGUUGAAUCGAUCGGGCAGGAGGUUCCUAGAAGAUGUGCUUUAUGAGGCGGUUGACUCGAUUAAUAGGGAUGUGAGAUCGCGUGAGGAGCCGAUCAUCGCCGAGGAAGGAGUCCAAGUCACGUAUGAGAGAAGGCAGCAGUAG